AUGUCUGAUGAGGACCAGAAAUUGAUGGAGCAGAUCAGCCUCCUAGCAGGCCAGAUCAAUCGUGCCAAGAACCAGCAAGCUGGUCCUGUCUCCGCUCCAGCACCGCAAAACCAUGGUCCCUCCCGCGUAUAUGGCAGGGGCGGCUAUUAUCAUGGCCACCACCCCUACUCUCCCCGCGGAGGAUAUCGAGUCGGCAAGCCUCCAGUUCAUCGUAACCGAACACUUGUUCUCAACGGCGCUUCGGGUCCAAAGACCACCAGCAGCGAUGCAAGCUCAGCCUCCGAUGCCGCGUCGCCUUCCUGGGUCACCAAGACUGAUCGACACAUGCAAUUGAUCAACUCCAACAUCUAUCAGGAACAGACCGAGGCCCGCGCUAAGGCCAUCGAGCAGACCCGCCUGCAGAAACUGCGGCGGAAGGAGAAUAUGGAGCGGUCGCAGAUCAUGAGCCACCUCAGGCGGACUGCCAACCCCUCUGUCGUCUCUGCUAACUCUACCACAGCCCCGCUUUACGAGAUUACCGUUGAUGGCAUCAAAUUUUCCGUCGUUAUGAAUGGCAGUAAACUCGUCAAACUUCCCGGAGACUCGAAUGUCCCGAAAGCCACCCCAAAGGUUGCCAUCGUCGGAGGCGUCAAGUUCUACCGCACCAAAAAUGGGAAUAUGUACCGACAGGCGGUUGUCAAGGCCCAGCGUCGAUCCGGCGCCGUAAACAAGGUCAACGUUCCUUGCAAGAACUUCUCAACCACCGGAUCCUGCCCCAAGGGGCCUAUGUGCCGCUACAUACAUGACCAUUCCAAGGUCGCUGCCUGCAAGGAGUACCUACAGAAGGGUGCUUGUGUCUACGGAGACCAGUGUGAUUUGUCGCACGAACUAAAUGCCGAGCGCACUCCCCAUUGUGUGCACUAUGCCAAGGGCAACUGUUCCAAGCCCGAUUGUCCGUAUACUCACCGCGUACUGCCUCCAGGUGCUCUGGUCUGUCGCGACUUUGGCUUCUAUGGCUACUGCGACAAGGGCAUCAGCUGUCCCAAUCGCCACUCCUUCGAGUGUCCCGAUUUCAGCAACGACGGUGUCUGUAAGGCUAAAGGCUGUAAGCUUCCCCACCGCGAGAGGGCAAGCGUCCUUCGCAAGGCCAGUGCUGCUCGUCAGCAGGCCGCCGAUCAGGGUGAUGAUGGCGAUGAUCCAUCUAGUGACGACGAUGGCGAUUCGGUCGGCUCUGAUGAGGUGGACUCUGACGAGGUCGAUGAGUUCGUCGGAGAAGAUGGCUCUGUGGAUUUCGAGCAGCAGGAUUUCAUCAGCUUGUAG